UCGUGAUAUACGCAAAUGUAAUAUCUGAGCAAUUAUUUGCCAACUAGUGAUAUAUAGGCUUAAUAUAGCCAUGAUGGAUAUAAUUGACAGCUGUAUAUUUUGCAAAAUAACACGAAAAGAGGACCAAAAGACAGAACUUCUGUACGAUGACGAGAGAGUGUCUGUGUUCAGAGACAUCCGACCCGCCACACCGCACCAUUACCUCGUGGCGUCCAAGGAACACAUUCCCGACGCGAAACACCUUAACCCGGAACAUAGUGGCCUGGUUGAGCACAUGGUGUCAGUCGGCAAAGGCGUCAUGGCGACACAGAGUGGUGGCACUUCGGACAUAAGAUUGGGCUUUCACUGGCCCCCAUUCCACACGAUCUCCCAUCUGCAUCUGCACGUGAUCUCCUCUACCAAUCAGAUGGGCUGGAUUGCAAAAGGCAUAUUCAUGCCGAAUUCCUAUUGGUUCGUAACGCCUGAUUACGUUCUACAGAGAUUGAAAAAGGCAAAGGAUUAGACACCAACAUCCGGACUAUAUGAUCGUGUCAUAAUGAACAUGACACACGGCGUCACGGCGUGGCAUGGCUUCCAGUCAGAAGUUUUUUAGUAAAAAGUUAGGUAUAUUAUGCUAUUCAACUGUGCCAAUUUAAUGCGAUGUAUUAGUAUUCAAGGUUGCUUUCAUUGUUUAUGUUUCAUGUUUAAUUUUGUGUCUUCAUAUGAUCAACGGAAAAUGAUUGGUGAUAAUGUCAAUAGUAUUUUUACAUGGAAAAGGUGUGAGAAAGGUGUAAGUAUAUUAAAUUAAAUGCGUUUUAUUACUAAAAUGCAUUUGAUAAUAGCGAAGUAUCACAACCAAAACAACGAGAAAAGUUUUUUCCCCAGUUAUUACCAAGCAUUUACUGUACAUUUCGUCGGCGAUAAAAAUAUGUUCCAUGUCAUAGAUAUGUCUCGGAUACAUAGUAUUGUAUUGGCAAUUUUUAGUAUUUAACUAUUUAAAGGCAACACAGAUGUUGGUAUGUUUUGAAAUGUGACAUUAAAUGCUUUUUAAAUUGAUAAAUGUAAACAUCGUUAUUUUGAAGUCCCCGUAUAAUUCAAGAAUAAAAUUAAAGAAGGAAAACAUGUUAUCCACGCCUUGGCUCGAACCACUGACCAUCGGAGAAAAAGUCUAACGAUAAAACCACUCGCGCAUCCAUGCUGCUACAACUCACUUUGUAUUUUAUUCUUUAUGUAAAUAUUCUCGGUUGUGUCACAAAAUGUAAAGAUAAAAACAGAACUGUACUAAUUAUCCAAUUGUUUAAGGUUUGCAACGCUUUAUAAUUUUCAUGUUUUUAAAUCGUCAAAAGACAUGAAAGAUGCAUUAACUGGAUAUUUAAGAGCAUGGUAAACGUUCAGUAUAAUAGUUUCCUCGCAAAUAACAUAACUUCAAUGAAAUUUGAAUAUCUAUAACAAUUUUUCUCAAUUUUCUCAAUUUACCAAACUGUUAAAAGGUCCCUUAAAGAAUGAGUGAGAAAAUUGCAAUAACGUCACAAGAAAAUAGUGUGCGCCCUAAGACAUGUUUAAGUUUUGCUGCAUGGGUAAUUGGACCCGGAUAUCGGCCCCAAAUAAUGUGCUAGACCUGACUUAUGUCUGUUUAAUGAUACUAAAAUUAAUUUUUUUUGGACGUGUAUUGCAUUGCAAAGUUGAGCAUAGCAUCGACAUGUUGUGCGAAGAAUUAUUUAUAAAUGGAAAAUAAUGUUUUGUUACCUAAACCGAAUAACAUUUGAACACUUAAUAGAUUUUACACAUUUAUCUUGUGAAAUUAUAUUGCAUACACAUGACAUUUGUUGUUGUUGUUUUAUGUUUUUAUUCCCAACUGUUAAGUUGUGCAUUUUAAUAAUUUAACUAGCAGAAGAGUCAAUUUUUAGAUUCAUAUUGGUAAAUCGCCUCUCAAAUAUAUAGAUAAAGCAUGUACCGGUAUUUCAUUUUUAUAUUGUUUCUCGUUCAUACUGGUGAAAUGAUAAUAUACUGUUGCGUUUUUUUAUGAACAUGUAUAUAUUGUUCCGAUAUUGAACAUAUUAUAUUCACUCAGUAUUGCACUG